CCACCGCCAUGUCCUCCGCCGUCCUUUCCCGGUCUUGCUACCUUCUCUCUUCCGCCGUUCGCCUUCGCUCCUUCUCGAGUACUCCCGCGUCCGCCUCUUCCUUCGCUGCGCCCCGUCGCCCACCGCGCUCCUCUCGCUCUCUAUCCGUCCGUGCCUCCUCGGCCUCCGAACCGCCCCUCGAGCUUUGCGUGAAGCCCUCCACUACCGUCCCCGAUGGGCUCGGCGACAGCCACUUUUCGCAAAGGGUUUUGUCGACGCUUGAGAAGCACCCACCUUAUGACAUGGAGCCAAUAGAUCUUGCUAACAAGCCAGAAUGGUUUUUGGAAAUCAGUCCUGAAGGUAAAGUUCCUGUUGUCAAACCUGAUGAGAAGUGGGUUGCUGAUUCAGGCAUCAUCACCCAGUCAUUGGAAGAAAAAUACCCUGAUCCACCAUUGGCUACUCCACUAGAGAAGGCUUCAGUUGGUUCAAAAAUUUUCUCCACGUUUAUUGGUUUUCUUAAAAGCAAAGAUGAUCCAAAUGAUGGAACGAAGCAAGCAUUGCUUAAUCAGCUGACAUCCUUCGAUAAUCAUUUAAAGGAAAAUCUGCAGGAUUUGUGCAAUGCCUCUACAAAGCCUCUAUGGUCAUACCUAGAAAAGUUCAAUUUGAUGCUUCAGUGUGGAGUUAUUUUGGCCUCCGUUGAGGCAUCAUCUGCAAUGGCCGUGACUGGAGAGAAUAUCGAGGAGGAUUUCAUGACGACGUUGAUAUCGGGAGGAAUUGUUGCAGUUCUGUAUAUUCUUGUGUUUCCGCCUAUCAUCUUGAACUGGUUGAGGCUGCGAUGGUAUAAGCGCAAGUUCUUAGAGACAUAUCUGCAGUUCAUGUUUGUGUUCAUCUUCUUUCCCUCAUUGAUGUUAUGGGCACCAUUUGUCAACUUCAGAAAAUUUCCAAGGGAUCCAACAAUGAAGUAUCCUUGGUCCACUCCAAAAGAUGAUGUCCCAUUAUAUAAAUCCAGAUGAUGUCCACUUAAAUAUGUAUACCUAUUCUUCAUGAUAUGUCAAUUUAAUAUUUCACUGAAAUGUAAUUGAAUCCCAUGAAGUCUUAAUUUUUGGAUACAUGCUUUUGUUUGUGUUAGUCGUGCUUUUAUAGGUUCUUAUUCUAAUAGCUCAUCUAUAUAGUACUUGAUAGUUGGGUUUUCAUG